AUGCGCACCAACACGAUGCCAGGCCUUCCAGAUAGCGUUAAAUCGCGAUUCAUAACCGUCAAUGAUCUGAACAUGCACAUCCUCGAAGCCUACCCACCAAAUGCUGACCCCUCAUCCAAACCACCGCUUCUCGUCCUCCUCCACGGCUUCCCAGAGCUGGCCUAUUCCUGGCGCAAGGUGAUCGAGCCAUUGACGAAGGCAGGAUACGCAGUCGUCGCUCCUGACCAACGUGGAUAUGGACAAACCCGAGAACAGACGCGCAAAGAAGGAAAGAUCACGUACGAGGAGGACCUCGCGCCGUUCAGGAUGCUCAACCUCGCCACGGACAUCCUCGCACUCGUAUAUGCGCUCGGGUACACGUCGGUUGAGGCGGUCGUCGGGCACGACUUUGGCUCGCCCGUGGCAGCCCACUGCGCACUCAUCCGUCCGGAUGUCUUCAAGUCUGUCGUGCUUAUGAGCGCGCCGUACACUGGUCCUCCAGCCCUCAGUAGUGCGUUUGACGAUCCUAACGCGAAGUCACUCGCUCAGCAAGCGAACGAGUGGUUGGCGCGUCUCGACCCACCACGCAAGCACUAUACAAUGUAUUUUUCAACACCCGAGGCGGACAAGGAGCUGAGAAACCCACCAGAGGGCCUGCACGUAUUCCUCCGGACGUACUACCGCGUCAAGAGCGCGGACUGGGCGCCCAACCAAUCUGCGGGGCCUCUCGCAGCCCUCUCCCCAGAAGCGCUCUCGGUGCUGCCGCACUACUAUAUCAUGCCCCUCACUCAAAGCAUGCCCGAAUCCAUCGCGUCUUACGCGGCCACUGCCAGCCAAAUGGUGAAGAACACCUGGCUACCCGACGCCGAGCUCGCCUUCUACGUCGACCAAUUCGCGCAGACGGGCUUCCAGGGCGGCCUGAACUGGUAUCGGUGCCAGACGGACGGGCUAAGGUGGUCGAAGGACCUGCGGGUCUUUGCGGGGAGGAAGAUCGAGGUGCCGGCGAUGUUCCUUGCGGGCAAGCAGGAUUGGGGCGUGUUCCAGAUCCCGGGCGCGGUGGAUAAGAUGAAGGCGGUGUGUACGCGGAUCGGGGAAGAGGGAUUCGUGUUGGUGGAUGGGGCGGGGCAUUGGGUGCAGCAGGAGAAGCCGGAGGAGGUGGUCAGGAAUUUGUUGAGCUUUUUGGAGAAGAAUAAGUAG